UCAAAUAAAAAGAAGGAAAGUGUCGGUAAUGUCAGCACUCUACAAUCACUUUCGGACCCCCCGAAUACGAAAGGUCGUAUUCACGAAAAUUGAUUUAGCGCCGAUUAUCUGUAAUAAUUCGUCGAUGCUGUGACAGUUACAGACAUUUUUCGUCGGCGGUCGAUAGUCUUUAUCAGAAGACGUUAUCUCGUCAAUGUUUUACCGCAGGUUCACGAAAUCCGCCACUGACAGGCGCCGCGGUCGGCCAAAGACUUUUUUUUUCGUCUCUCCGGAUGCUUCGCAAUAAGAGCACAAUGACACAAUCCGAUUCGUAUUUUUACUCUGAAGCUAGACCGUCGUUGUCGUACGCGCUAGUCCGCGACUGAUGAUUAUGCUGUGCAUUCGCGGCGAUGACGCGUGUAAGUAACGCCAACUGAAGACGAAACGAAACGCGAGGAAGUAUGGCACGUCCCAAGCACAGAGUGAACGCAGACGUGUGCGCCGAUUGCGGUGCGCUUGAGCCAGGAUGGGCAUCGAUAAAUCGAGCUAUUCUGUUAUGCGACGAUUGUUGCGGGAUUCAUCGAAGUCUAGGACGUCAUGUCUCGCACAUAAAGUCACUGCACAAGAGCGUCUGGAAUAUGCAUCUAUUGAACAUGGUGCAUACGUUGAAUGACAAUGGAGCUAACAGUAUUUGGGAACAUUCUCUGUUAGAUCCUAGCAAUUCAAAGAUUAGUAGAAGAAAACCGCAAGCUAAGGAUCCCUUGCAUCCAGUGAAGGCAGAUUUCAUUAAGGCGAAGCAUCAACACUUGGCUUUCAUAUUACGACCGAGCAAAGAAGAAUGUUGCACCGAGGAAGAGCUUAGUAGACAAUUACAUAGUAGUGUACGUACGAGCAAUUUAGAAACUUCUUUGAGACUACUGGCACAAGGGGCUAAUCCCAAUUAUUUUUAUAAGGAGAAAGGAACCACGCCUUUACACGUUGCAGCUCGUGCUGGGCAAGCUCUCCAAGUAGAACUUUUAAUAGCUAAUGGUGCAAAUCCAAGCAUAGUUGAUUUAAAUGGACAGAUGGCUGCUGAUACCGCCAAAAUGGCGGGACAUAUAGAUUUAUCUGAACGCAUAAUUGAAUGUACCUAUGAAGUGGCAGAUAGACUGACGUAUCACAUUUGCUCUCGCAAACCGAGUCAUCGAGGCAAUGAGCAUCUCAUCAUCUCCGACCUGACUUCUAAUUUAGAUAAAAACGAGUUAGCUGUUGCCGAGGAAGGAAAAAACAGACUACAAAUGCUACCAAAUCACUUGUUGGAGGAAUUAGCCAUGGAUGUUUACGAUGAGGUGGACCGUCGGGAAACGGAAGCAAUCUGGUUUUCAACUGCAUUCCUCCCGGAGAAGUGUACGGUUCCGUUUCUGCCAGUCAAUCCACAGUUAUCGUCCACCAGAAAUCAAGGAAGACAAAAGUUGGCAAGAUUUACGCCAAAAGAAUUUACCACCCUCAUCGUAGAUUUGCUGGUUGAGGCAAAUCGAAGAUACAUGUUCGCUAAUAAUGCACCUCAAAAUCUCGCGGUAUCUAUGCUUCGCAAAGAGCAACUUGGUAAACAUGGAUCACAAGUGUCCGACGAAGAACCUUUGUACGACAGUGUUGCGUCCGAUGACGAUUACGCUGCUCUGACAUGUGCGGAUAAUAAUUCGUCUGACAUUUCAAAUCAACUUAAAGUUAAUAACGAGGAAGCACUUACACCAAUGGCUAAGGGUCUUCCAUCUAUGGUAGAAGUUUUAAAAAAGCAAUUGACUUUAUCCGAGUCAACCGUACGAGAUCUCCGCGAGCAGAUAUACAUCUUACAAAGCACUGUUGAGCAACUCGGUCAAGAGAACAGUGAACUAAAGCAAAUGCUACAAAUGAAAGGUUCUAGCGAUGGCAAUGUAAAUGGACAUGUCGGACAUGAAGAGCAGGAAUUGGAGUCGGUGCACGAUAUCAAAUGCACAUCUAGUGUACGAGGAAACCAACGACCGGCGUCCAUGUACGAGACAAGAGAGGGUUUGAGGAAACCAGCAUCGUGGUCAACAACUAUUUGUCAGACGAAACGCGACGCAGAGACAUUAUCGCGGAACAACACUCAAAGCUUGUGGGAAUGUGGCGCUCCUAAUUUACCACCCAACGAAGAGGUAACUAAACGAACCGAGCAAGUUACUAAACGAAUUCAGGAGCUGUGGAUGGCAAUGCAAGAUCCAAGUCAACGAGAGGCUUUCGUCCCUUGUGCCGAAGGGAUCCGCGUUGCUGUCGCCGAGUUAACUGCCAUAUUUCCUCAGAAUCCGAUAGAGGAGAACAUCAGAUCUGCCUUACGUCAGUUGAACGGUAAUACUGGGAGACUUCAGGCAGAAUGUUCCGGUCUUCAGAGAUGUACCAGUGAUGCCGAGCACAUGGAUCGUUGCUUGCAGCAAGUACGUUCAUGUGCUUACGAUAUUGCCAAAGCAACUAAACUACUCGUUACGCAAUUUCAAACGUAAAUCAAAGGGAGAAUACUCUUGACAUUACGGAACAAAAGUAUCGGAACUUGGCUAUAUAUAUAUAUAUAUGUAAAUUUUCGAUAAAUGUAAAUAUUCUUGUAUAGAAAACUGAAAUCUAUUAAGCCCGUUUUAGACUAUGCAAUAUAUUGCGCUAGAUUUGACGCAAGAGGUUUCUCUAUUUUUAUCACGUCAUUAUUAUCACGUUUUCUUCAAUUUAUGAAACGUGCAAUUUGUUUGCAAUUUGUGUAUGGUAUUCUCCAAUAUUUCUUCCUUUAAAUCUUGCGCAAUAUAUUGCAUAGUCUAAAACGAGCUUUAGAAAAGUUUUCUCUCAUCUCGUCUCGAGUCUCUACUAAUUAUUGCAAUGCUUUAUUUGCUGCAUAUCAAAUAAUAACAUCCGUUUUCUUUCAUUUUGUCAUCUUGUUGUAUUUAAAUACGGAGCUGUAAAUAGCAGAAUCAGAUUUUCUCAUUUUGUUAUUAUUAUCAGAUUAUUUAAUUGCUAGACUAGAUUAUUAAAAUUCUAUUCUACAUUAUCAUGAUUGCAUAGGAUCUAAAUCGGACAUGACAUUGUUUGAUCAUACAUUUUAUAUUAUACCAUUUUAUAUUUCUAACAAAGACUGAAUAGCGACAGACCAAUGAAUCUUAUAUAUAUAUAUAUAAAAUCUAUCAAUUUAAGUUGCAUAUAUAUAUAUAUAUAUAUAUAUAUAUAUAUGCAACUUAAAUUGAUAGAUUUUGCUCGACAAUCAUAAAUUUUGUUCGAGUAAAUUUUAAAAGAUGUAGGCUUCGCCGUUCGUAGAUUAGAAUAAAAUAUAUUAUGUGAAAAACGAUAAUAACUUUGAAUUUUUUCUUUUCUUUGAUGUACAUAUUACUAUUAUAGAUGGAUUAGUGAUGUAUAUCUGAUAGACAGAAGCAAACAUUUAUCUGUAACUGUAUGCGUAAAAGAAAGAGAAAGGAACAUAACUGUUCAAAACAUUGCUAUUAUGUUCUGAACAGAUGUGUAUUACAUAUAUACAUAUAUCAUUAUAUCUUUGAAUCAAUUUAAUAAUUGCAUCAUAAUACAGAAAGAUCUUUGAGAGAUAAUUGGAAGAAAACAUUUUAACUCUUUGCAAUCUCUGAUGUAUUUUUGAUCUGCAUUGUCGAAUUAUCUCAGUUAAAUUACAUACCUUAAUUUUAAUGCUUUCAUGUUUCAUUACUAGUCCGUAUAAUAGAAAUGAAGAUGUUAAAUUUAUAAUCCCAAUUUAUUAUUUGUAUCAUUUUGUUGUAUCGUUUUUCAUUUUGUUAUAUAUUAAUAUUUAAUUCAUAUCAUUUCUUACUUCCUGUCUCAUAUACAUUGUGACGUUUAUUUCUUAACUUUUGUUGAUUACAUCACUAUUUAAAAUAAUUUGUGCAAUAUUGCAAGUAAUUUGUUAUUUAGAUAACUACGAAAAAAUAAUUAAAUUUAUUUUUUAAAUAUAUCCCCUUUUACUUUUUAAAUUUGUGCAACAAAAUAAAAAUAUAUUUUAUUGAAAAAUAUAAUAUUAAUAUUAGUCGUAUAACAUAAUAGCUAUAACAUGUGCUUAUAACAUUUUAUGUGUAGAAUUUAUUCAAUACUCACAUAGAGAGAGUCCUUUUUACAUACUUUACAAUACUUUCUAUGCCUGGCCAGUUAUAUUGAUACGUGACGUACUUUAAGACUAUGUAAGAUUAAAAUUUUUUAGUUGAGUAUAGCUCAAUCAUCGAUAUGAUAAAUGUUAUUAUCUUAUAAUAUUAUCAAUUGUAAUAUAAGGACAAUGUUAAUUUUACCUUAAAGAUUUAACCGAAAGUAUUAUAAAAUAUAAAAGGGAGAGAAAACCACUCGUUGCGAUUGACUUUCUGUUUGAUAAGAAUUGUGUACGAAUUGUGGUUUGUUAUAUAACUAUUAAAAUUUUGUCAAUAUAUACAUAUUUUUUCUGUAAAAAAAGGAAAAUAUGUAACAAUGCACACAUGAUUGUGUAAUAACUAUAUCUCUUUCCUUAACUGUUAUUCACACUUACAAAUUAAAAACAUAAAAGAUGAAAUCAGGUACGAAUUUUUGCUUUACAUAAUUCCAUAAUUUUCUUCUUUAUCUUUUACUUUAUUCAUUUAUCGUUCGUAUUGAGCUAGACGUCUCACAACUUUUGUAGAAUAUUACGUGUAGUGUUGAAGCAUGCUAUGAAUAUAUUAAAAACGAAUAAUUAUUUAAAGAAAAACACUUGUUUGUUUGUGCCUAUACUUUAUUUCCAAAAAAAUAUUUGUACAAGUUGUGCAUAAAAAAUUUGAUUUUGAAAACAUAUAUAAUUAAAUAUAAAAAAAUACAAAAAAAAAUAGAAAAUUAAGUUAUUGGUUACAAAUCGUAGUAAAAUUUAACGAGUAAAAUUUAAAGAGUAAAUUUAACAAAUAUGAGAAAAUAUACAUAUCAUUAAAAAUGAAUAGAAUUAAAAAUGCACUAUUUCUCUACAUUAUUACGCAAUUCAUCUGUUUUUAAAUACAUACAAAAGAUUGAGAUAACUUAAGAAAAAUCUUUAAUCAUAUUUAACAAAAUCACAAAAUGUAUAUGUACAAAUUGUAUAAUAAAAUAUAAAUUCUUAAAAAUUAUUUACAACUAUUAUAGAAAUUACUAUCUCAAUACUACAUGUUUCCAUAAAUUGUUCCUUAGAAGAAUGUUCGAGGACUACGAGUAUAGUAAAUCUUUACUUUUAUGUAUAGUGUUGUGCAAAUAAUGUCUAUAAUCUUCAUCUGUAGUACAAAUUCUUAAAUCUAUAUUGUUAAUCUUUAAGCUUGCAUUGAAAAUGUUUAGUUGUUCAGGAUGUAUCUUCCAGUCGGAACAUGAUAGAUAUCGCAAAUUAUCACAAUGUCCCAUUAACAACUGAACGGUGGACAUAGAUAAAUAGUGAUUUUGCAUUAUCAUUAAUGCUUCUAAUUGUUUCAUUGGAUUUAACAAAAGAAUAUCUGCCAUUGUUUUGUCGUCAAGGUUCGAAGGACGUAUAAAUAAAUAUAUAGACUGAAUAUUUAUACAAUAGGAAACUAAAAAUUUGAAAAGUUUAUCAUUGGAAGAUGUAGAUUCAUUGUCAUGUUCAUUAAUUAUUUUGAGUCUUUUUACUAAUUGCAAUGAAGGUGUAACUUUAAACUUUCUAAAACAUUCUUCAUAUUCUGCCUCAUUGUAAACAAAUUCACAAUCAUGAAAACUUAGGCUUUCUAUGUUAGGACAAAAUAGACUUAUAUCAAUAAGUGAAUUUAAAUUAAUUAUUCCGUAUGCGAAAACUAAACUGUUAAUCGUGGAACCUUUGACUUUCAAUACAUCAUGCAACGUAUGAUAAUUAUUAAAGAAAUUAUAAUUAUUAAUUUGUACAUCUUUCACAUUAGGAAAUAAAGGUAAAAUCCUUAGAGCUUUACUAUUAUCAUCACAAGGUAUAGUGAGACGAAAGAUAUUCGGACGCAUCUUAAAUUCACGUAAGUUCUUCAUAUUAAUAAUAUUACUAACAUCCUUCGUGUACCCUAAAUAACGAUCUAAAUUAUUUUCUGUUACGCUUCCAAUGUUGUGACUUACAUCUGUCUCAUCACCAACAGCUAACAAGUAAACGAGGUUAAUACUCUCUAAGCAUGAAUGUUUCAUAAGUAAUUUUUUAUAACCAAAUUCGUUUACACCAGUCUUCCGAAGGCUAAUAUUCUUUAAAUCUAUGCACAAAAGUAAAUCAGAAAUGCAUGCAUUUGUUACUCCCUUGGACCACUUGACAUUUAUGUUCCGUAUCAUUUUACAGCUGAGUGCAAUUGUUGCUAUAAUAUUAUCUGUGCAAUUGCUUUCUAGAGUAAAUUCCUCUAAAUUCGGCAUAUUACCUAGUCCCUUUGUUAAGAUUUCAAUAAAGUAAGGAUGAUCUUUGACCCAAGUGUGACUCAUAUCUAAAACCUGUAGCUUAUACAUACAGGAUAAAUGUUUAAAUAGAACAUAUUGUGCAGAAAUAGUAUAUAAGUGCCAAGAUGAUAUAACUUUCAAGUUUCUUGUAUCAAAAAUUGCUUCUGCUAGUUUCACUAUCAACAGGUCAUAAUUAUAAAAACAAUUAAUACCUCUAUACUCAUCGCACAUAUGGUACAUGAAACACUGCAAUGAUAUUUUAAGCCGCAAAUGUGGUGGCACGAUAGAAUUUACUAAUUCUUUUAUUUGUUGCAUCAUUACUAUCAUCUUAGCAUUUGCAAGUUGUGGAUCCACCAUAUCCAUUAUGCCAAUGAACUUUGCCAUAUUUUUAGCAGAAUCAACCAUUAAUUUUGUAGUGUUUGAUAGUGCCUGCUCUUCUAAUGUAGGAACUGGAUAUUUUCUUGGCAUUUUGAAAAGUUAUUCUUGGUAUUUGUCAGGACGUCAGGAAGUAUUUAGUUGCAGCUGCUACAAUAAAAUUGUACAAAUCUGUUUGGUUUUGAGUGAUUUGUCAAAAGCACUUUCUUGGAAAUGUAAAAUAUGCC